AUGGCUGCUCAACAACAAUCUAAAAAAACUGGAUCUGGUCAAACCAAAGAUAAAGAUGCUGCUGCUAAAAACAAUGCUGUUAGAUCUGUUCUGACUGGUAACUGCUGUUCCACUUGUUCUGUUAUGUAA